UGCAAUACCAGUUUCCUUUGUGGUUUUUUUUUACUGUCGUCCAAAAUUUAUCGUCCGGUCUGGACGCGAAUCGUCACCUGGUCUGGCAAACGGCAUUCGUUUUGUUUAUCGUGCGGUAUUAUUCGAUACGCCGAACCAUACGCAACAAGCGCUCCAGAAUUUAACCUCGUUUUAUGCGCAUCAACUGUUCUUGUGGUUGUGUGACACAAGUGAUGCCAUUUGUGUCUGCUGCUGCCCGAACGUAGUAGGCUGGUGUGUACAUCCAUAAAAACACGACACACGGAUGCUGUGCCGAGGCAUCGAGCGUAAUGUAAAGCUAUUUGCUGGCGAAGGUUGUGAAUAGUUUAGCACAAGACGCCUAAUAAAACGGCUGGCCAGUGUGUGAAUACCGACGAAGAAUGUGAAUAGUGUACACACUAUUUGCGCGGCUCCUCACACACACAUACAACGGCAAGUGUAACAAGAAGGGCUAGUGUAGUGAAUAAUUUCGCCUGUGAUCCAUACACAAGUCCAGUGAAAAAUGCGUGGCUUAAUGCAUUUUUUAUUUUACUUUUCCUUGCUGAUCGUAAUAAAAGGGUCGCUAAGUCGUGCGCGCCUAGCUGAGGGAAGCUUGAAAUGUGUUUCGUACCAGUGUAAGGGAGGAGAAUGUAAGGAAGGCAUCGACAACUGUGAAGAUACGGAACCAGAUCGUCCGGUGGGAUGUUUUGUCGUUUGGACAACGAACAAUGUUACAAAUGAAGUAAACGUGACGUUGAAAGGAUGCUUCAUUAAUCCUACGGAGUGCAACAACACCGAAUGCAUUGAUACGACGACGGAUCCGAAGAAUAACUUCAACUACUGUUGUUGCCGUGGCAGUAUGUGCAAUAAGGACCACAAAUGGAUGCCGGAAGCAACGAAAGCGCCGGAGGUGUUACAGUCGGUCGAGAAGGAAUCGAACAUUGUGCUGGUAGUACUCAUUACCUCCAUAUCGUUUGUAUUAGCGUGUAGUUUAGUCACCUGGCUAUAUUGCACACAUCACAAACAAGUGAUGUUUAAUGAAAUUCCAACGGUUGAACCAGACAUUUCCAACUCAUCCACCAACAUAUCGCACCGUCCAAUUGAUUUGAAGGAUAUUAAAGCACGCGGCCGGUUCGGAGUGGUGUGGAGAGCGCAGCUCGGUAAUCAGGAGGUGGCUGUUAAAAUCUUUCCAAUGCAAGAACGCCAAUCGUGGAUUACGGAACAGGAAAUUUUCAAGCUGCCACGGAUGAAUCAUUCGAACAUUCUUGAGUUUAUCGGUUGCGAGAAGCGCGUCGAUAUGGCCAGCACAGACUUUUGGCUCAUCACUGCCUACUGCGAGAACGGUUCACUAUGCGAUUUUCUCAAAGCGCACACGGUCAGCUGGAACGAUCUUUGCAAAAUUGCGACCACAAUGGCACGCGGUUUAACGCAUCUGCAUGAGGAAAUACAGGGCAGCAGAACGGAUGGUUUGAAGCCGUCGAUCGCACACCGUGAUUUCAAGAGCAAGAACGUGCUGCUGAAGGCGGAUCUCACCGCAUGCAUUGCCGAUUUUGGACUGGCGCUUGUAUUUACGCCCGGAAAAUCAUGCGGGGACACGCACGGACAGGUGGGUACGCGCCGCUAUAUGGCGCCGGAGGUGCUCGAAGGUGCAAUCAACUUUACCCGCGACGCUUUCCUGCGCAUCGAUGUGUACGCGUGCGGGCUCGUACUGUGGGAACUGGUAUCACGCUGUACCGUGCACGGUGGACCGGUCGAUGAGUACCGGUUGCCGUUUGAGGCGGAGUUAGGCCCGCACCCAACGCUCGAGGAAAUGCAGGAGAACGUAGUGAUGAAGAAGUUGCGUCCCCGUAUCUUCGACCCAUGGCGUCAUCAUGCGGGACUGAUUGCGAUCUGCGAAACGAUGGAAGACUGCUGGGACCAUGAUGCCGAGGCACGGUUAUCGUCUUCCUGCGUGCUGGAAAGAUUGCUGCAGUACGCCCGUUUUCCUACAAGACAGUUUUUUGUCGCCAACAACACUACGAACGAGCUGCCAACGAAACUAGCAACGGAAAAUCUUUAAUAUGAGAGAACGCGCAGGUGAAUGAUGUGCAUUGUGCGCUAAGCUGUAUUACGAUCAACUCUUCAGCAAACUUUUUAUUAUUUUAAUAAUUUGGUAACGCUGAACGAUUUGAGUAACACUAAGUGGAGAGAUUUCUAUUUCUAGACAGACUUUUAAUAAGAUAUGUAUUUGGUGCAUAUAUUGUCAACAAAUUGGGGCUGUCAAAAUUUGCUGUCUCUGCAUCAUUGGUAUCAUAUCAGGUAUCAUGUUAGCUAUACAUUUAAAUUGCAAAAUUAUAUAUACAAAUGCUGCUGCAAACUACAAAUAUAGUUGCGCGUUAAAUUAAAAAUUAAUUGAAAGCUACAACUAUUAUUUUUAUUUUUACGUUUAAUUAAAUGCAUUAACUCUUUUACCUUCUGUAAAACGCCCCCAUCCAUCCCUUUUUACCUGUGUUGACGAAAAACAAAUUUUUAUACGAUUUUUCCAUACCUACAUUUUUGCGGGCUAUGUUGGCUUAUGUUUACACACUAGUUAUACGUUAAUAAUUGCACCUCUCCUUUUUAUUCAUUUUAAAAUGUAUUACGACGCGAACCAACACAAGGAAGGGAUUUUAUUGCUGUGCCUUAUUAUUAAAAAAACAUCAAAUUUUCGUUUUAAAAUCACUUUGCAAUACACAACAAACCUAAAUGCUAUGGACGCGUUCGUUUCCGACCUAGAUCUUCCAGUACACAUCCAAACAGUGAAACGAGAAGAAGAUUGUAUUUAUGAUUAAUAGUGCUUAAACAAUUGAUCCUUGAGCUAUCCACCGAAAAAGAAGAAAAAAAAGAUUUAAGGACUUGUUUCUUUUAAAGUUCAAAAAUAUAACUAUAUAUUACUACACAGCAUAAAGCAAACAAAACGCGUGUGUGCAAAAGCAGCGAUCGGAAUUAUCCAAAAUAAUUUAAUGACAUAUGCGAGGGUAAUAGAACGUAAGCAAAGCCUGUAAAAUGUCGACAAUGAAAUGUAAAACGUCCAAACCAAGGAGUGAUGUGAGUUAGGUAAGCGACAUACCGACUAGGUUGAAGUUCCGUUUGCUUUACAAUACAAUGAUGUGAAACCCCGCAAAUGGCAAUUUGCUCUCAAAGAUGCAAUUGGAGAGCAACACAAACAAGCAAAAACAGAUGCAACACGGCAGCAAUAAAACGCGCUUGUCACAUUAACGAGCGUGUGAGCGCGGAUGGUGCAAACGACAUUUGACAUUAUGGAAUUUCUUUUAAAUUUUACAACUUUCGCUGGCUUGCACGCAGAUAGUCUCUUGCGUACGUAUAAUAUAACUUUUAUCUUUAUUUUCUUUUUUUUAUUAUUACUAACACGAAGAACGAUCGUGAACGGCUAGGAUUAGAUUGUUAAGCAUAAGUGAAUGAUAAAAGAUAAAAAAAAAUCAACAAACAAAGCAGAGAACCAGAACAAUGUAAA